UCCAUGUCUGCUCCACUGCUGCCUGGAGACAUGAGAAUCUUUUCUUUAAUUGUUGCUGGGCUUGUUCUUCUCAUUCAGCUUUACCCAGCCAGGGGCACAUUGUACAGAAGGUUCCUCUGUAAAAGGAUGAACGGCCGAUGUGAAAAUGACUGCCUUACCUUCGAAGAAAAGAUUGGGACCUGUCGGGCCAACUUAACACCACUCUGCUGCAGGAAAAAAAAGAAACACUGA